AUGUCCUACUACCAGUGUCAAUGCGACUUAUAUCGCAGCUUCCUCCGAGGACACCCGGACACGGCUGCGCAGAGCUGUAUUGACGAGAUCCGCCCGGCUGAUAUCACACUGUUGGGCAGUCGGGCUAUUCAGAAUGCGCGCCAAGUGCUAUGUGUCCUCACCGACUACGACCAGCAUGCCGACCCAUCCCAGCCGCUCGACUGGGAUGCCGCAGUCUGCGGCUACCAGGCCACUCGAUUUGUGCUCUUUGGCAGCACGUACGACAGAACACAGGGCACACGGUCUACGGCCGACACCUCGGCAGUGCGCAUCGCCAUCUCCAAGGCCCAGGAUGUGCUCGCUACCUUGUCACGCCGAUUUGCCUUUUCUGUCGCGGUCCAGCCCAUGCGCGACGAUCUCACACGACUCGUGGCCCGCUACCGCCGCUUACUACGGUCGUCACCAAUGAACAACGACAACGAGUUUGUCUUUAGCGCCCAUCGUGGCAUCCGCAUCCCACCUGCCGAAUGGGGCAAAGACAACGCCGGCACCGCCGAUGUGGCUGGGAUGAUUCCUGCAGCUUGGCCGCCAACACACAUCAAUGUUGCUCAAAAUCAACAUCAACGGCAGGACAACUGCAAUACCGGGCACGUGACAGAAUACUGGACAGAUGCGGGCACGGAUGUUAACAACGACGUUGGCGAUGUGGCUGUCACGACGUUUGACCUCCCGCCGCUGUUUGGCGAUCUGAUGGGUGACGGUCCUGGGUUUGACUUUGGACUGUGGUCGGAUAUGCUGGGUACCUACGGCAAUCCUGUUCCUCAAGGUAGCAGAGUGGGCAUGGAUGAGCAGCAAAUGUUCUAG